AUGACGGAACAGCUACGUCAACCAUAUCCUGUAAAUAAUUGGCAAAAAUGGCCAACGCUCUACAGUUACUGUCAGUCUCUUGCUACAAUUGCUUCACGAAAGGGAUACAAUUUCUAUGUGGGAGCCAAGAGGUACGGUAUGAAGGAUAAAAAAAACCAACUCACCCCAGUCAAGAACUACUGUCAUCCUGGACCAUCCCUCUCCACCCUUGACGAAAAGAAAACCAAACCUGUGUUCGUAUCUGGUCCUAAUCUAGCAAAUGUCGUGUUGAUGCUGCAAAUAUUACAAACCUUAGAUGGGAUUCCCUGUUACAAGAGCAACGAUGUCGUCAAAUUUUUUGGUAUCAUGCACUACGAUGGAAUGCCAUUGAACAUUGGUACAUUCCCAAGGGUAGAUGAAAAGAAUGUAAUAUUUGACGGGCUAACACCAACUAUACCAUCAAAAAAGACGAUUGAGCUGCAACGAGACGGUCCAGGGGUGUUAAAGAAAUACAUCAGUAAGCACUGUACAUGGAUAAAUGAAGUUAAAGAAUACGACAUUACAGAUGCAAGUGGGUCCUUUUUUAUCAACGUCUUUACAGAAUACGGCUCAGCUAAAGGUACAUCAGAUGCUAUCAAAACCGCUAUUUCCGAUGUCAUACAAGAUAUACAAGUCUGCGCGCCUUGUAUAAAAGAAAACAGGCAUCUAGACUGUGCAUUUUCGACCUUAAAAGAUGCAUGUAACAGGUGCAAGGAUUUACAGAAUGGUGGUCAAAAAGUGUGUUGUACUAGCCUCAAGAUAAUCCAUGUCUCCUCCGAUCAAGCGGCAGCACAGAGGAAAGCUCAUUCAGAGUUGAACGGUGAGUCAUCAAAUGACAUCAGUAAUGCAGGUUAUGUACAAUAUGGAUUUGGCAUGCUACACUUCUGUAAGAAUAUCAUAUCGUCGGCAAGAAAUUAUAGACUGACGGACAUGUCAAGCUCGUUCACCAUUUCCAUGCUAACUGCUAUUUGGGCAUCCAAAUCUGAAGAGAGCAGGAGGAUGAGACAGGUUGUACCAGCAGCAGUCUUUUCAUUUAAAGACAGACAUAGUGACGAGUUAUGUUUGCAAACUGUGUCAAAAAACUUAGAAGAUAUUGUUCGAGACACAAGGCAUGUUCUAGUCACCUUGGUUCCAGAGCAGUACCGAACCUAUGCUGUGGAAGCAAAGACACAUACACUUCUUGGUCGGCCACUGUACAUUACCACCAAUGCUAAUGGGGAUUUCAUAUGGACAAGUAAUUCAAAUUGUUACUGGUAA